ACACACACUAAAGUCAACGCCUCUCCUAUGGCUGCUGCGGCCACUCCUCCUGGAACAACAGCACUCUGUUCUCCAACGCCGUUAAAUGACACAAGAACGACUGAAAAGUGAUGUAGAACGAGUUUAAAGGACUCCAGCUGAUCUGCGUGUGUCCACACACACUCCGAAGCGCCGGGACUGAGAAAUCUGCAGGAAUAAAACGCGCCUCCUUCAAGCAGCUGUGUAUUGAUGCACGCUAACGAAUCGCCUAACUUCAUAAAUGGAUUAUUCGAGCCCUCAGACCAUUUGAAUCAAUUUGUUUUUUUCUUGAAACAGUACACUGUCCUUGGAACAAAAGCUAAAAUCAUCGCCGCAUCUUAAAAGCCAUUACUUGUACUUACGCUCUCCAGGACACACGAUCCUCGCGCACUUUUGACUAAAGCGUGAGUGAUGUUUCAAGCUACUUUCCCAUAAUACUGACCCGUGCAUGCAUAUAUUAAGGCAUUUAGCAGUAUAAAGGCACUGAGUUGUUAAAUAAAGCAAGUCUUUGUCCCGGAGCCCUUGGAGAGAUGGAGGGACAGGAUGGCAAAGGGAAUAAUGACAGUAAUCAAAAGGCAGACAAAAGGUUUGCUCUCUGGUACAUGGGCUGGUCGUCUCUGGACAGGCGGACCACGCUGCCCAUGCUGCCCUGGCUGCUGGCGGAGAUCCGGAGGAAAAGUGAGAAGAACGAGUCGGGUCCCACACAGGCCAGAGAAGUUCAGCUGUAUCUCUCGCCUCCUCUGAUCCGCUGUGUGCCAGCUAACAGCUGCAACCCCUCCGUGUUCAUAUUCGAGCACAAAGCACAGUUUAUCUCCAGGUUUAUCCACAAUAGCAAUGACUUGUCUUAUUUUGCCUACCUUAUUAGAAGUCAACCCGAUAACCCCGAGUCUGAGAUGGCAUGCCAUGUGUUCAAGGCAUGUGAUCCAAACCAGGUGCCUGAGGUUAUUAGCAGCAUUAGACAGGUGUCCAAGGCUGCUCUUAAGGAGGAAAGCAAGCCCAAGCAAGAGAGUGACGAGUCUUUCUACAACUCCCAGAAAUUUGAAGUGCUUUACUGUGGAAAAGUGACAGUCAACCACAAGAAAGCCCCUUCCACUCUGAUUGAUGACUGCAUUGACAAAUUCCGCCAACACGAGAUUGAACGUAAGCGUCUGCGGCUCCUCAAUGGCCAGCGGAGCUCUACCGAGGCCCCCGUGGAGUUCAUUGUGGGUGACAACCCUCUAAGUUCCUCUCUUUGUAAAGUUGAUGAACCUGAGCCCAAUCUAAAUGAGGAAGAACUGUCUGAGGUGGGCAAUGGGAUUCUGGACAUGACUAGCUCAUCCAGUACGGGCAGCCUACUGGGGUCCUUUGACUGUAUCUUGGAGGACUCAGGUUUUGGAGAGCAGCAGGAGAUUCGUACACGCUGUAAUAGCCUGGCGGGCGGCCUACAGAAAAGGACCAGAGAGGUGGGCAAGGGGUCGACACGUAGGAGACACGCUAGCGCUCCCAAUAAUGUGCAGCCAUCUGAUGCUGACAAGAAUCGUACAAUGCUAUUCCAGGUUGGACGGUUUGAAGUGAAUCUCAUCAGCCCUGACACUAAAUCUGUGGUUCUGGAGAAGAAUUUCAAGGACAUCUCGUCCUGUUCACAGGGUGUCAAACAGACAGAUCACUUUGGCUUUAUUUGUCGGGAUGUGGUGGAGUCUGGCCCAGCCCAGUAUGUGUGUUACGUGUUCCAGUGUGCUAGUGAGUCUCUGGUGGAUGAAGUAAUGCUCACCCUGAAACAAGCCUUUACCACAGCAGCAGCUCUGCAGAGCUCCAAGAACCAAAUCAAACUGUGCGAAGCUUGUCCAAUGCAUGACUUGCACAAGCUCUGUGAGAGAAUAGAAGGUUUGUAUCCUCCCAGGGCGAAACUAGCCAUUCAGAGGUACCUGUCCCAACUGACGGACAACGAGCAGGUCAAUAUAUUCGAGCGGGUGCAGAAAAUGAAGCCAGCAUCUGAUCAUGAAGAAAACGAGCUCGUGAUUCUUCACCUCCGACAGCUGUGCGAGACCAAGCAGAAGUCUCAUGUUCAUAUUGGAGAGGUCCCACAGAAUGCUUCUGGCAGCACCGUGACCUCUGAUAACUCCAUUGUGGGCCGCAAUAAACUGGACGUGUUGAAGAACAAAGCCCGGAGUUCUCUGACAAGCUCCCUGGAGAACAUCCUCUCAAGGGGGGCCAGCCGUAUGCGAAUGCGUCUUGGCAGCAUGGGAAGUUUUGACCGCCAGGGCGACUCACCUGGUGACUCCCCACCUGGGACUCCACCCAGUUACAUUGAGGAGGACCCAGAUGCCCCGCAGUUCCGUCGCCGGGCGCACACCUUCAGCCACCCGCCCAUCAAGAAGAAAAUCUCCUUCACUGAGGUUUCCUCCCAGGCCUGCAAAGUUCCGCUGCGCCGACAGCAGUCUUUGGCCCCUGAGCUGCUGCAGAACAGCACCGUUGGUUACACGAGAGCGCGCAGUGUCUCUGAGAGCGAGUCCUACUUCAGUCUCUCAUCCUCCUUCCACACCCCCACUUUCCUGAAAACCUUUUACCAGAGCUCCCUCCUGUCGGACAGCGGGAGUCUUAAGAGUGGUAAUGGAGAGGGCAGGAAGAGGUCUCUGUCAGGCUGUAGCACCGAUUCUUUGACCUUGGUGACUCCACGCAGAGUUUCUUGGCGCCAGAAGAUUUUCCUAAGGGUGGCGUCACCCAUGAACAAACCCUGUGCUUCUAUGCAACACGUGGACCACAUGGAUGGCUGGGAGCUGCUGCCACUUUCUCCUCGGGCUUUGAACCAGGAUCAAGAUCCUCAGCUCAGCCCCCUGUCCCCAGAGCAGGGCUGGCGCAGUCCAGCUGACUACAGGGCCCUGUGGAAGAAAGCCAUCCACCAACAGAUUUUGCUCAUCCGCAUGGAGAAAGAGAACCAGCGCCUGGAGGCCAGCCGUGAUGAAUUGCACAUUCGUAAAAUGAAGCUGGACUACCAGGAAGUGUGCCCAUGCUCAAAAGAGGUGCAAGCCCUCUGGGACAGGAAGUUGAGUAGUCCCUGCCGCACUAAAGUACAGUGGGACAAAGAAGAGAUCCACAGUGCUGUAUGUCAAGGUGUCCCCAAAAGUCGGCGAGGUGAAGUGUGGCUCCUGCUCUCUCAGCAGUAUCGUUUGCAUCACCGUCUGCCGCAGCGGCAGCAGCCCCCUGAAACCCCUUAUCAGGAUCUCCUCAAACAGCUCACAGCACAGCAACACUCCAUCCUGGUCGACCUUGGCCGGACAUUCCCAACACACCAGUAUUUCAGCACUCAGCUGGGAGCUGGACAGCUAUCUCUGUACAAUCUCCUGAAGGCCUACUCCCUGCUGGACACGGAGGUGGGCUACUGCCAGGGGAUCAGUUUUGUGGCCGGCUUGCUGCUUUUGCACAUGAGCGAGGAACAGGCCUUUGACACUCUCAAGUUCCUCAUGUACGACCUGAGCAUUCGCCGACAGUACCGUCCCGACAUGAUCUCUCUGCAGAUCCAGAUGUACCAGCUGUCCCGACUGUUGCACGACUAUCACCGUAACCUGUACACUCACCUGGAGGAGCACGAGAUCUGUCCCAGCUUGUACGCCGCACCCUGGUUUCUCACUCUCUUCGCCUCUCAGUUCCCGCUCGGCUUUGUUGCCCGUAUAUUUGACCUCCUGUUUGUCCAAGGCACGGAGGUGAUUUUUAAGGUGGCCCUGUGUUUGCUGAGCAGCCACGAGGGAGAGAUACUGGAGUGUGACGGCUUUGAAAGUAUUGUGGACUACCUUAAAUCCACCAUCCCCACCCUCACUCACAGCCAAAUGGAAGAGAUGAUCACUAAGGCAAUAGAGAUGGACAUCUCCAAGCAGCUGCAUGCGUAUGAAGUGGAGUACCACGUCCUGCAGGAUGAGCUGGCAGAUGCUCCUCCACCUUUAGAGGACUCUGUUAGGCUAGAUAAACUGGAGAAAGCUAAUGCCCAGCUCAAGAAACAGAACAUGGACUUACUAGAGAAACUGCAGUCUGCUCGUUUGAAGAUUCAGACGUUGGAGAGCAGCGUAGAGAGCUUCCUUUCACGUGAGAGCAAGAUGAAGCACCUGAUCCGUUCUUUGGAACAAGAAAAAGCUUCCUACCAAAAGACCAUUGAGCGCAUGCAUAGCAGUUUGCCAUCGGAUGCCAUGACUGAUGUGGAGAUGACCCAACUCAAGUCCAGCACCAAUGGGAAAGCCAAAGAAACUGCCUGCAAAAAGCCUUGAAUCACCAUCCUACUGACUGAUGCAUCAUAUAGGUACAUCAGUAGGGAGUUAGCCUGCUUCUUCAUCUUUUGUUUUCCCAUCAUGCUUUACCUUUGAUGGCCUAAUUGAGGAACGUUUGACGCCUUGCAGCCUCACAGAGAAAACUUGACAACAAACGAAAGUGCUUUCUUUCCAAAGAGCUGCACAACUUGUGCAUUAAUGUCCACGUGUGAUUAUACGCUCACUGUGAAGGUUUAUUUUUGACCUGGCACUCCAAACCAGGGGUUUGGAGGAAACCAAAUAUUUACCAGUUCAAACUUUUUGCUUAAAUUGCUUCACCUAAAGUGCAGGCAGGAAGUGAAACCAUGUGCUGCUGGGU